AUACCGACAAAGUAAGCGUGGCGUCGCUUGGCGCUUGAAAUUUGAAGCUAACGAUCGAAAAAAAAACAAAUUUGUGAAAAACACAGAGCGUCGGAGUUAUUUGAGUGAAAUAAAAUUACUUUAAAAUGAAGGCAGUUUCACGAACGCCGAUGCGCGUCGCUAAGACACCUCGAGUGCAUCAAACGACAGAGAAACAACGUCGGGACACGGCGGAAAAGGCAAAGGAUCCGGUAAAUGUGUUCUGUCGCGUCCGCCCGCUCCAAUCGGAUGCGGACCUCACCUCUCUGCGGGUGAAGAACUCCACGACAAUCGCACUGAAUCCGCAGGAUCAGCUGCUGCAGCACCACAAACAGAACGGCGCCCAGCGCGAGAUACAGUACAUAUUCAAGCACGUCUUUCAGUCGGAUGCCACGCAGCAGGAUGUGUUCGCGUCCGUUGCACAGCCACUGGUCGAGAACCUAGUGCGUGGGCGGAACAGUCUGCUGUUUACCUAUGGUGUCACGGGCAGCGGCAAGACGUACACAAUGACUGGCAACCUGAGGCAUCGCGGCAUAAUGCCCCGCUGCCUGGACGUGCUAUUUCGUACCAUAUCCGAUUUUCAGGCAAAGAAAUUUGUCUUCAAGCCGGACAAGCUGAAUGGUUUCGAGAUUCUGUCCGAAGAGGAUGCUCUGCUGGAGAGGCAGCAAGAGAUGAACCUGCGUUUUGCCGGCUCCGGUCGCUUUGCAUAUCGAAACAAGGAUUCGGAUCCGGAGAUAGCCUCGCAAGCGUCGGUGGAGCCAACGCCCCUACUAGGCCUCGACGAGGACAACAUGUAUUCGGUGUUUGUCACCUACAUAGAAAUAUACAACAACAGUGUGUAUGAUCUCCUAGAGGACUCGGGCAUACAGAAGACUUUGCAAAGCAAAAUAAUUCGCGAGGAUGCCCAACACCACAUGUUCGUCCAUGGCGUCACCGAGGUGGAGGUGAAAACGGUGGAGGAUGCCUUAGAUAUCUUUCAAAUGGGACAAAAGAAAAAGCGCAUGGGCCACACGGUCCUGAAUGCUGAGUCCAGUCGCAGCCACUCGGUGUUCAACAUAAGGCUCGUCCAGGCGCCCACCGACAGCCAGGGGGAGAAUGUUGUACAGGACAGGCAUAACAUCACAGUCAGCCAGCUGUCCCUGGUUGAUCUGGCCGGCAGUGAGCGCUCCUCGCGUACCAAGAACACUGGGGAGCGGCUUCGCGAGGCUGGAAACAUCAACAACUCACUGAUGACGCUGCGCAAAUGCCUCGAGUAUCUGCGCGAAAAUCAGCAGGCAACCAGCAAUGGCUUUGCCCCCAAGAAGAUACCAUAUCGCGAAUCGAAGAUCACGCACAUGUUUAAGAAUUACUUUGACGGCGAGGGCCAAGUGUCUAUGAUCGUCUGCAUCAAUCCAAGAAUGGAGGACUAUGACGAGAAUAUGCAAGUUAUGAAGUUUGCAGAGAUGACUCAGGAAGUGCAAAUAGCACGGGCCACGCCUAUGAAAAUGGACUUGGGCCUGACACCAGGCCGCCGCAAGGCCAACAAGCUGUUCAAGAUUGCAGUCAACAAUCUGAACGAGCUGGGCAUUCCCGAGGCCAAGGACCUGGAAGUGGAUGUGGCUUUGGUCUACAGUCUGGGACCCGAUUUUCCCACCUAUCAAAUGGACAGCCCUGAGGCAGAGUUCAAGAUCCAGGAGCUCAUGCAUUACCUGGAGCAGCGCAUUGAGAAGCGCAAGAGACUGCGCGGAAAUUUGGAUAUCAAAUGCGACAAUUUUCGUCAGAUGCUGAUGAACUUGGACCGAGACAACAUGCAGCUGCGCACGGAGCUAGCUUCCCUGAAGGCCGUCUACAAGCAGGAGCGCGACCGCAGCUCGGCCUUGGAAAAGAAGGUGCGAAUUCAUGAGAGCUCCAUCGAUGUGCUGAACAAUACGUUGAGUAAGCGGGACAGGCAGAUCGAGGAGCUGACAUUCAAACUCAAUGAGAAGGAGAACCUCCUUACUCAAAAGGAGCACGAGAAGGAGAAGCAGAAGAAAAAGUUCAGCUCCAAAAUGGCAGUGGAGUCGGAUAAGAACAAGCGGGAACUGGAGAUAAAGCUCCGCCAACAACGGGAGAAACUGCACGAACGUAUGCGCAUUAAGGACGAGAAACUGCGAUUGGUUUCGAAUAUUCUACAGUCUGAGGAUCUGCCGAGCAUGCCUCGUUCGCAGAGCUCGGAGGAUUUGCUCAACGACAAGGAUCGCGGCCCAUUCACUGCUCGAACGGAGUCAUCUGUGCCUGCCACGCGAACAGACAUCUAUGCCACGCCUCGACAUGGCGUGGCAGCUGCCAACAACCGACAUCGACGCUCGCGUUCCGCUGGCGACAAAUGGCUGGAACAUCGUGCAGCCAAUCCCGUGCCACUCGGUACAAUUAUGCAGCCCUUUUUGAAGAAUCGCAAGUCGGUUACCAAGCUGACGGACAUGAAGACGCUGACCGAGCACGGCGCCAACAAAUACUGCCUUGUCUCACAGGAGGCCGACACCGACGGUGAUGUGGAGACGAAGCUGUACAAGGGCAAUGUGAUACCAACAUGUGGCGGCGGUGCACAGGUGGUGUUCAACGACGUGGAGUGCCUCAAGCAGAAGUCACCCGUCCAUUCACCAACGCGAAAGCGUCCCAGCAAUGGCACGAUGUCGGCUAUGGGCGUUAUUAGCGCCCUGCCCAGCACGGUCACCUCCGUCCAGGAUGUUGCCUCGCGUUGCAACCUCGGCAUCGAGGGGCACAGUAGCAAGAAGACAAAGAUCUAAAGCACUGUUCUGUAGUUCAUGAAGUUGAUUUUGCAUUUAGCUUAUUUUUCUAGUUAGCGUAACAUACAAUUAAAGUUGAAUCGUGAAUGAAGUGAUUUGUUUUUUGAAAUGAUUUCCAAGUAAAUAAUCUGUAUAAAAGUUCCACACAUCGAUGAAUUCGUAACCUCGCAACUGAGUAAAGCAUCUCCAACGUCUCCAGAGUGGCCUAUGGCCGUGGGAGGAGUGUGAAACCAACGUCCAUUUAUAGGUUUAUAAUAAAAUAAAUAGUUUUACUGCAAA